UUAAAGUAUUUAAAUUUCAUAAGCUGCGUUACAGAUAAUGAAACUAUAAUAUACCGUGUUUUCCCUACAAAUGAAUAAUGUAAAAACAUAACAUUUGUAAAUAUUAUUAAAUUAUAAGGUUAUUGUCCUUAUCGUUGUUAGCGGUAAAAGUUUAGCGCCCUUUUUACAUAUUUAACCUUAAGUAUACUUGAAAUGGUCGAAGAGGGGAGAUUAUUUACAGAAAGGGGUUCAUGUAUGGCGCGAAAAUCGUCUAUUUUCUUGUGAACGUAGGAGUUGCUGUUCUUUGUUUUUUAAUAGUUUUAUCAGCAAGUUAAUUAAAAUGCCUUACAUGGGAAAUAAAGAAAAUCAGCUUGUGGGUAACAAAAAUAACCGCCUAAAUUUACAAUACAGUAGUGGUUCCAUUUUAACGGAAAAUAAAGUAAAUGCUCCACUUUCUAACUCGAAAAACAGUGACAUUAAAGAUAUGGUGCAGUUUGAUCCACAAGUAGAACCAUUGCUUAGAGAAAAUCCAAGAAGGUUCGUAAUAUUUCCUAUUCAAUAUCCAGACAUUUGGGAAAAGUACAAGGAAGCUGAAGCUUCCUUCUGGACAACAGAAGAAGUAGACCUUUCUAAGGACCUUGCCCACUGGGAUAAGUUGUCAAAUGAUGAAAGGCAUUUCAUUUCACAUGUACUUGCCUUUUUUGCUGCAUCUGAUGGAAUUGUAAAUGAAAACCUUGUAGAGAGAUUCAGUCAAGAAGUACAAGUAACUGAGGCUCGUUGCUUUUAUGGUUUCCAAAUUGCCAUUGAAAAUAUCCAUUCAGAAAUGUAUAGUACUCUCAUUGACACUUAUAUAUUUGACCCAGAAGAGAAAGAAUUUCUUUUCAAUGCUAUUGAAACCAUGCCUUGUGUUAAGAAGAAGGCUGAUUGGGCUCUUCAUUGGAUCAGCAGUAAGAAUGCAACAUUCCCAGAACGAGUUGUUGCAUUUGCAGCUGUGGAAGGAAUUUUCUUUUCAGGAAGUUUUGCUGCUAUCUUUUGGCUCAAGAAACGGGGUCUUAUGCCAGGACUGACAUUUUCUAAUGAGCUUAUUUCUCGCGAUGAAGGUUUGCAUUGUGAUUUUGCUUGUUUAAUGUUUUCUUAUAUUGUUCAAAAACCAUCAAAAGAGCGAGUAACAGAUAUAAUUCGCGAUGCAGUUAAAAUUGAACAGGAAUUUUUAACUGAUGCUUUGCCUGUAAGCCUAAUUGGUAUGAAUUGCAAACUGAUGUCUCAGUAUAUCGAAUUUGUAGCUGACCGUCUUUUAGUAGAGUUGGGUUGUGAUAAGAUUUAUAAUGUUAAGAAUCCGUUUGACUUUAUGAACAAAAUUUCCACUGAUGGCAAGACAAAUUUCUUUGAAAAGAAAGUAGGUGAAUAUCAAAAGAUUGGAGUCACUUCAGAUAACAUUGGUAACGAAUUUAAACUUACAGAGGAUUUUUAAAAGAUAAUCUUAAAAUUGCAGUCUAUUAGUUGAAGGUUGUUAAAGUCAUGCUUACUUCUUAUUUUUAAUUUAUCUUUUAUUGCAUUCUAAAAAUGAAAUAAAGUAACAGGGUGUUGUAUUAAAAGAUCAAGUUAUUGCACUUUUAUCUUUACAAGCUCUUUUGCUGUUUAUGAACUAUGUAUUUUAGUCAGUGUGAAGUUGAGGCAUAAUAAUCCAUUUAGUUAUUGGAUGAUUUAAACAGUCACCAGGUUUUAAAAGACAUUUUUAAGUAGUUU